AUAUUAAAGAGACCAAACCCUAUCUCUGCAUAUUCACUUAAUUUCAUUCCAAAAUCUUCAUAUUCAUCAAACUCAUCAAAAUGAAUCUGUACCACUCCUCCACCACCACCACCACCACCACCAUCUUCACCGUCAUAUUCCUCCUCCUUGCAAUAUUAUUCACUCUCACACCCCACAAGGCCAACGGUGCCACGUGUCACCCUGAGGAAGAAGCGGGCCUGUUGGGCUUCAAAUCCGGUAUCCGAUCCGACCCGUCCGGCCUGCUCAGUAACUGGAUAUCGGGUACGGACUGCUGCACAUGGACCGGAGUAGAAUGCCACUAUAACAGCACCCGGGUCCAAAGAUUAUUCUUAACGGGUCAAAAACCCGAAACCAUCUUAUCGGGUACCAUCUCACCCACCCUCUCAAAACUCAAACUCCUCGAUGGACUCUACCUCAUAAACCUCAUCAACAUUUCGGGUCCCUUCCCAAAUUUUCUUUUCCAACUUCCAAAUCUCCAAUUUAUCUAUCUAGAAAACAACAAUCUCUCGGGUCGAAUACCCGAUAACAUCGGUAACCUUACCCGAUUAGAUGUACUCAGUUUAACUGGUAACCGGUUCAUCGGACCCGUACCGAGUUCAAUAACCAAGUUGACUCAGCUCACUCAGCUCAAACUCGGUAACAAUUUUCUCACCGGAACAGUUCCCCAAGGAAUUGCCAAGCUCGUUAAUUUAACCUAUUUGAGUCUCGAAGGAAACCAACUUGAAGGUACCAUACCGGAUUUUUUCUCUUCCUUCACGGAUCUUCGGAUUCUUAAUUUUUCUUACAACAAAUUUUCCGGGAAUAUCCCCAACUCGAUUUCUUCCCUGGCGCCGAAACUGACGUACUUGGAGCUUGGGCACAACUCACUUUCCGGGAAAAUCCCUGAUUUUCUGGGAAAAUUCAAGGCGCUUGACACGCUUGACCUGUCAUGGAACAAGUUUUCCGGAACGGUCCCUGCGAGUUUCAAGAACCUGACGAAAAUCUUCAACCUGAACCUCUCCAACAACCUCCUGGUGGACCCGUUCCCCGAGAUGAACGUGAAAGGGAUAGAAUCGUUGGACUUGUCGAACAACAGUUUUCACCUGGGGAGCAUUCCCAAGUGGGUGGCUUCGUCGCCGAUAAUAUUCUCUCUGAAGCUUGUGAAUUGCGGAAUAAAGAUGAGGCUAGAGGAUUUUAAGCCUUCGGAGACUUAUUUCUAUGAUUUUAUUGAUCUUUCGGGGAAUGAAAUUUCAGGGAGUGCAAUUGGGUUGGUGAAUAGUACUGAGUAUUUGGUGGGGUUUUGGGCUUCGGGGAACAAGUUGAAGUUUGAUUUGGGGAAGUUAAGGUUUGGGGAGAGGUUUAAGUUUUUGGAUUUGUCUCGUAAUUGGGUGUUUGGGAAGGUUCCAAACAGUGUUGUUGGGCUUGAGAAGUUGAAUGUUAGCUAUAACCAUCUUUGUGGUCAGCUUCCCAAGAAUAAGUUUCCGGCAAGUGCUUUUGUUGGAAAUGAUUGUCUCUGUGGUUCUCCUUUGCCACCCUGCAACAAAGCAUAAGUGUAGUAAGCUUUGUUGUUGAUGAUUUCAAGUGUUUAAUUUCCUUUUACUGCUAAGUUUUCCAAUAAUUAUGUAAUUUAAUAAGUAAAUUGUAAUUUUAACUUUCAAUAUAUACUAUAUAUAUUUACUUUAAAACAGUAA